CGCCAUUCUCACAAGGGCAUCAUCAUAGCCUCGCCUGUGGCGGUGAAUCUGGCCAAGGGCACGAAUACGCUGACGAUCGGCGGGCUGUCCAACGGGAACGGUACAAAGGCGGCUGAUGUCGACAAGAUUAUCGUGCACCCGCUUGAGAGUAAGUGGAGGAGAUGCAACCCGAAGUGGUGGAAGAACCGUUCGCAAUGCUGA